UUCUGCUUCCCCCUUGUCUCUGUUGCAGCGACUCCACUCCUGAAUCAGAUCGAUCCGCCAUGCCCCUUCCUCCUCCUACUCCACCAUCUCCAGCACAGCGAUGACCUGCGCCCCUCCAUGGCGCCCCGCGGCCGCACCCUCCUCCUCCCGCUCGCCGCCGCCACCGUCCUCGUCGCCUCCACCAUCUUCCUCUUCGCCGCCGCCGGCGCGCGCUGGCGCCCCGCCGACACCGGCCUCCCCGUCCCGCCCCGCGCCGUCUCCGCCGCGGCCGUCCCCGUGACCGCCAGCGCCUCCUCCAACACCACCGGCGCCCGCAAAGAGCUCUCCUUUCUUGAUGAGAACGGCCGCCCCGACGACCCGGGCUCCGGCUCGGGCGCCGGUGCGGCGCGGUGCGACCCGCGCGCCGCCGCCGUCAGGGUCUUCAUGUACGAUCUGCCGCCCGAGUUCCACUUCGGCCUCCUCGGCUGGUCGCCGCCGUCCACCGGCUCCGUCUGGCCGGACCUCACCAGCGGCGCCGCCGCACCGCCGCCGCGGUACCCCGGGGGCCUCAACCAGCAGCACAGCGUCGCGUACUGGCUCACGCUCGACCUCCUGUCCUCGUCCUCGGAGCCCUGCGGCGCCGCCGUGCGGGUCGCCGACUCCCGCGACGCCGACCUCGUCUUCGUCCCCUUCUUCGCCUCCCUCAGCUACAACCGCCACUCCAGGCCCGUGCCGCCGGAGAAGGUGUCCAGGGACAAGGCCCUGCAGGAGAAGCUCAUCAGGUACCUCGCCGCGCGGCCGGAGUGGAAGAGGUACGGUGGCGCUGACCAUGUCAUCGUCGCGCACCACCCCAACAGCUUGCUGCACGCCCGGGCGGCGCUGUCGCCGGCGGUCUUCGUGCUGUCGGACUUCGGGAGGUACCAACCCAGGGUGGCCAGCUUGGAGAAGGAUGUCAUUGCGCCAUACAAACACAUGGCCAAGGCGUUCGUCAAUGACUCGGCUGGGUUUGAUCACCGAACAACAUUGCUCUACUUCAGGGGAGCCAUUUACAGGAAGGAGGGAGGGAGCAUUCGACAGGAGCUAUAUUAUAUGCUCAAAGAUGAAAAAGAUGUUUACUUUUCCUUUGGAAGUGUCCAGGACCAUGGGGCCAGCAAAGCCAGCCAAGGAAUGCACUCAUCAAAAUUUUGCUUAAACAUUGCCGGGGACACCCCUUCUUCCAAUCGUCUGUUUGAUGCGAUAGUGAGUCACUGUGUCCCUGUUAUCAUCAGUGACGACAUUGAGCUACCUUUCGAGGAUGUGUUGGAUUAUUCAAAGUUCUCCAUCUUUGUCCGAUCUUCUGAUGCUGUUAAAAAGGGUUACCUGAUGAGACUGAUUAGUGGUGUGAGCAAGCAACAAUGGACAAGGAUGUGGAAUAGGCUCAAAGAGGUGGAUAAACAUUUUGAGUAUCAGUAUCCAUCCCAGAAGGAUGAUGCAGUCCAGAUGAUCUGGCAAGCACUGGCUAGAAGGGUGCCAGCAAUUCAGCUGAAGGUGCAUAGAUCUAGUAGAUUUUCAAGAUCUGACAGAGGAAAAUAAACAGAAAGUGUGUGUGUGUGUGUCUUGUCUCUGUUGGCUAAUCUAAUUUAUAUCUAAUCAACAUCUCACUGACACAGGUUCACAGGUUUUCUCGGUUGCACAUAACAGAUAGAUUGUAAUAUUCAGGUUAUCCUUAGAAAAGACGUGUGUAACUUAGGAUUUGUUGGUUCAGUUGAAGCGUAUACUGGCAAGUCAAAUGCUUCUUGUUUCUGUAACGUGUAUUCAAUGUAAUCAUGAAAGAGAGACAUAGUUUUUCUGUUUCUGAACAUUGUGGGAUCAAACCACAUUCUUCUGUCAUGUACUCAUCAUGUAGUGGAUUUUAUUUUCUCUAGCUUGUUCAGCCACUAUUGGCAUAUUGAGGCUGGCAUGUGGUGGUGCCAUAAUUUCAA